AAUCUGAGAUGCAAGUGUGGGGGAGGAGUUAUAUAAGUUUCAGAAGGUUAAUGAUUGCUAUGUUUCAUAGUACUACAGACAGAUUAUCAGAGUAAUGCAGAAAAUCCUUCCUCCUGGUUGAAUUGUUCCUGCUGGUCAGACCCAGCUUUUUAAAGGUUGAGUUUCUUGUGGCUCAAGGUUUUCUGUUUUCCAUACAGAUUAUCCUUAAAUCUUGAAAGCUGCAGAGAAAACGUUGUUCUGAAUACUUGAUAUGGAUGCCGCAGAGUUCCGAAAAAGAGGGAAAGAGAUGGUGGACUAUAUUGCUGACUAUCUUGAGAAGAUAGAAAAGAGGCAGGUCUUUCCUGAUGUGCAGCCUGGCUACCUGAGACCUCUUCUUCCAGAUUCAGCUCCUGAGGAACCUGAAACAUAUGAAAACAUCCUUAAAGAUGUUGAAAAGAUCAUUAUGCCUGGGGUGACUCACUGGCAUAGUCCGUACUUCUUUGCCUACUUUCCUACUGCCAACUCUUUCCCAGCAAUUCUGGCUGACAUGCUGUCUGCAGGCAUUGGAUGUAUUGGCUUUUCUUGGGCUUCAAGUCCAGUAUGUACAGAACUGGAAACAGUCAUGCUGGAUUGGCUCGGCAAGAUGAUCAAUUUGCCACCAAACUUUUUGGCGGAGAAGAAUGGACAAGGGGGUGGGGUCAUCCAGGGCACUGCCAGUGAGGCUACCUUAGUUGCAAUGCUUGCAGCUCGUACCAAAGCCAUCCAUCGUGUCAUAUCAGAAAAUGAGAAACUGACUCCAGAAGAUGUCAUGGGCAAACUUGUGGCCUAUACUUCUGACCAAGCUCAUUCCUCUGUUGAAAAAGAUAGUUUGAUUGCUGGAGUUAAAAUUAAACAGAUACCCACAGAUGACAAGUUUGCUGUGCGUGGAUCUGCUCUAAGGAAAGCUAUAGACAACGAUAAAGCUACUGGACUCAUUCCAUUCUUUUUUUGUGCUACACUUGGAACCACACCAUGCUGCUCCUUUGACAAGCUUCUAGAACUGGGUCCAAUUUGUAAUGAAGAGAAUAUUUGGUUGCAUAUUGAUGCAGCGUAUGCUGGGAGCUCAUUUAUCUGCCCUGAAUUCCGUUACCUUCUCGAUGGAGUAGAGUUUGCAGAUUCAUUUAACUUUAAUGCACAUAAAUGGCUCUUAGUGAACUUCGACUGUUCUGCUAUGUGGGUGAAGAAGAGAUCGGAUUUAACACGUGCCUUUAAAAUAGAUCCCAUUUACCUUAGGCAUGGCUAUGAAGAAUCUGGACAUAUAACAGAUUAUAGGCACUGGCAGAUCCCUCUGGGACGACGAUUCCGUUCGUUGAAACUGUGGUUUGUGCUUCGAAUGUAUGGUGUGAAGGGACUGCAAGAAUACAUCCGGAAGCAUAUUAAGCUGGCACAUGAAUUUAAGGACCUAGUGCUUCAGGAUGACCGAUUUGAGAUUUGUGCUGAUGUCAUAAUGGGUCUGGUGUGCUUCCGACUAAAGGGUUCUAACAAACUCAACGAGGAACUUCUUAAAAGCAUAAACAACGCCAGACGGAUUCACCUUGUCCCAUGUCACCUGAGAGAGAAAUUUGUGCUACGUUUUGCGAUUUGUGCCCGCACAGUGGAGUCUGCCCAUGUCCAGUUUGCCUGGAAACACAUUGUGGAUUUAGCAAAUGAACUUUUGAAAGUACAUAAGCAGUAGGAGUAGUGGAUAAAAGAAAAUAAUUUGAUUCAGUUGAAGAUUUAAAGAAUGAUAACAGACAAAUUGUGGAAAUGUUAUACAUCCUGUUAUAUCCUAACACUUACAAAAACCCCAGUAUCAAUGGUAUGCUGUAAUCAAAUCCGAGAAUUAUAUAGAUCGGAACCCAAAAACUGCUUUGCUGAAUCAGAGCCCUAUAACCCUGUCACCUGCUUUCUAACAGUAGUCACCUAAAUCUUUCAGGUAGGUCCUAAAUAAGCCAUAAACGUGAUUGUCUCUAGCACCUGGCAUGCCAAGGUAUAGUGGUCCAAAUUAGGCUAUACCAUUUAACAAUGAUGACUAAUAUCUCUUGAUAAAUCUCCCUCCUUGAGUUUACCUAGGCCCCAUCUACACUGCCAUAUACUGCAGUUUGAACUGCAUUAUAUGAUCAGUGUAGACUCAUAUAAUUGAGAUUGAACUGCACUGAACUUCAUUAUAUGAGUCUACAUAUAAUAUCAAAGCAGGCAAAAAUAUAGUUCCCAAAGUAGUUGUAAAAUAGAGUCAAUAAAUCCAAUGGUCCAUAGGCAAAAAGCAAGAGUCUAUUCCCAAAGAUACAAUAGUCCACAGGUUACUAGGAUUCACGAGCAGGAGAACUUCCAAAGCAUGAAGACAGAGACCAUCCACUCUGAUGAAGCGAGAAUUUGCUUUGACAACACUCAGUUUUAAAAGCAACCCAAAAAUGCAUUUCUCUUCCCUUCAGUGGCCUCCUGUUUUCCAGCUAAUCUCAGGCUACGCCGAGGCAUUCCUUUCCAUUGCAAACGAUCUGCCUGAGAUAGCAAUGGAGCUUCUUGACUGUCAAGGUUAAACGGUUCAUUAUCUUGCACCUGAAUAGGAGCCUCGGACAAAUCCAGCUCAUUAUUUCCUAUGGGAAUGUCUCCCUGGUUUUUAUCUAUUACAGGCUGGUUCAAGAGUUCAUCCACAGGCUGCGCUUCUGAACCAGCCUGUAUAACUCCAUGAUUUCCCAUCCCCAUGACAUCAUCCUGAAAUUCAGUUUGCAACCCAUCAUCUGGCUCCUGUAUCUGUAACCCAAAAUCCCCUUCCUCAUCUUCACACUGGCUCUGCUGCUGCUGACACAGGAAGUCACCCAUCUCAAAGAGCCUGGCUCUGCAGAUCCCUCAGAUCCAGAUAGUGAAGUUCUCAGGGAUGGGCAAUUGAAUGGAGUAGAAACAACUGUUCAGAGCAGUUGCCAGGCUGGGGGGGGGGGGAGUGCAGAGUAUAGAAUUUGCCACUCUUGGUUCCAUGACACCCAGGGCAACAGCUUUACUCAGGCUCAUAAUAGAGCUGGCCUUCUUUACCUUGCAAAAACAGGUUUCUACAUCAAAAACAAGAUGUCAAAGAUAUUAGCAAACUCUUUUUGUACAGCUUGAAUAUAUGCAGUUUCAGCCCUUUGUUAAUAUCAGACUGAUUGAUGAACUUGCUUUCCUCGGAAAGCACCCCGAGGCCACAAAUCCCAAAAGAGCCCAAAGCUGCUCCUGGGCAUCCACACAAUGCUAAAGGACUUCACUAAAACAGCUGUGUUAUCUGAUAUCCAGAAGUAGUUUGAAACUUCCCUGAAGCCCUGUACUUAGAGGUUGGUAUGUAGAGAUGUGCCUGUUUUAAUAUGAACUGGUCUAGCUGUUCACAUUGGCCAGUGCCACCAUCCCAUUUUCCUUGUACUCUCAGAUACAGGGAAAAGAGAGAGGUACUUACCGUCCUUGUCAUUUGUCACCAUGACUGCAGUCACAGAGGUCCAGAAAACUUCUUACCAGUGCUACACAUCUCUGCUGCUUGUCCAAUCCUUCCCCCUUCCUUUCCUCAAGUCAUGUGGGUGCCUUUGCUCUCUGGAGCUCUGUGGCUGCAGGGAAAGACAAUGGAAAAGAUAAAGUUCUGUAGAACUAAUGGGCAAAGACACGGUGGCAGUGCUUCCCCACAUAGGAUGGGGAAGCAUCAGCUAUAGGCGAGGCGGAGCACAGGGCACCAGGAUUACCCUGCUGCUCUGCUGGUUUGUCAUAGGUGAUGGCGAAUUGCCCCGGGGGACCUCAUCCAUGUGAUGAGGUCCUAAAUAAUGAUUACCCUUUUCACUUACACAGGAGCUCCAUGAAUAUAUUUUAAAUCAUGGUGCUCACCAGGAUAUGAAGGAUUUCAACAACUUCAAAUUUUCCAAUUGGUAUAUUGUACAAGCUUGACAAGGAAAGGACUAUCUAUCUGACUAGGCUUACAGUACCAAAACUUAGGCAAGCCUUCACAGCCCAUCGUUUUCAAAGUAUGCCCAGCCUUGUUGAAUGUGACAUGAUAUGGCCAAAGUUUGCUCCAUGUAAUGCAGUUUGGCAUUUAAUGUACUUGUGCUAAUAACCAAAACCAUGUAAAAUGUGUCUGUUUUGAAAUUAAAUGGUUGUCUAGCAGAGUUUUUCAAAAAUAAUUGUUCAUUCAUAGACUUGCUAUUGUAUGACUGGUUAAUCAGUGAGCAGAUCCUUUGUGGCUUUUCAUCACACAAUCACAAAGUGGCUGAAAGUAUUUGUUGGUGAUAACUGCAUUGUCUCGUAAAAUGCCUUUCAAUGAAUUGUGGGAGUGAAAAGCUGUGGAAAUCAGCUGGGUAAAUAUGAAAGAUAUCUUAAAUAUGUCAAAAGUGUUCAUACAGAAGAUGAAACAAGCUUGUUUUUACUGCUACAGAUAUUGUAGGUUGCCGUUUCUUAAGUGGGGAGAACAGUAGAAUUUAAUGCAUAUGAUGAAGUGAUAUAUGGAUGGAUUCAAAUCACAGGAAAAUCACAGAAUUCCACCUAAAUAUUUGAAAGAACACCCAGAUGAUAAGAGCUCUUCAUACUGUGGAACAGACUACUUCAGGUAGACCUUCCUUUUUUGGAGGUCUUUAAACAGAGGUUGGAUGGCCAUCAUUUGGGAGUGCUUUAGCUGUGACUGGAUCGCUACUGCAAUAUAAUCCAAAUUAUCAAAACGGAUAUUCCAGAUUAUAUGAGGCCCAUUUUACACUGACCUGUAUCACAGCAACUGAUCCAAGAUUAUUUCCUUAUCCCAGAUUAUAUGGCAGUUCAAAGCAGGUAAUCUGGGAUCAGAUCCUGGGAUAUAGGGCAGCAUAGAUCUAGCCUGAGUCUACACUGCCAUAUAAUCUAGUCAAAGCAGAUAAUAUGGAUUUUAUAUGGCAGUGUAGAUCCAGUCUAAGUAUUGCUGAAUAGCAAAGGGUUGGAUUAGAUGAGCCUUGCAAUCCUUUCCAACUUUAUGAUUCUUUGAUUAUAUUCCCAUAUGGAGAUUUAUUUCCAGUUGGGCAUCAAUCUCCAAAUCUUAUUGGGUGGUAUUAAUAGGAAAUUGCUGAGAAGCAUAACGCAGGUAUUAUAUAAAAGGUAACAAUGUGCCUAUGAGACUACUAUUUAUGUCAUAAUGAGAGUUUGUCAGUAUACUUAUCAAUUAAUAUAUUUUGAGAUACUUGUUAAUUGUGCUGUUGCUAAAGUGUAUCAUAACAUCCUGGGAUACAUUAAAACUGGUAUUGCAAAAUUGC